AUGGAUGUUCUCACAUCAAGUGGAUCGUUAUUGGACCUGGGGAAACUACAGAUGAAAAUUGGAAGGGAAUUAAUUAGUUUUACUGGACCCGAAGGUACCAAGUUCAAUUCGAACGUAAUUAUAGAAGAUACAACUGUGAUAUUACCAGGUCAUGAACACAUACUUACCGGAUUCGCCCGAAUGUUGACGAGCUGCCCGGUAGUAGGAAUAGUGGAACCUAACCAAGAAGAAGAGGAGCUGGCUAAGAAUGGCCUAAUUCUAGCAAGGACAGUAGUGAAGGUUGAAGACGGACAACUGCCGUUACGCGUUUUUAACCCCGGUAAAGAACGACGAGUCCUUCGAGAGGGAACCACAGUUGACAAGCUAACACCAAUAUUAGAAGACCAAAUCGAAUCGACACAUACAGGGAAGGAGCCGCCUGUUAGCAGCGGACGAGUACCCGAGCACCUUAGUGAUCUGUUGCAGCGGAGCGUGGCAUCCAUUGCCGGAAAAUACCACGAACAAGUUGCAUCACUUUUGGCGGAAUUUCAAGAUGUGUUUUCUAGAGGAGAUUACGACUUAGGGAGAACUGGCGAAGUAAAACACCACAUAAAUGUUGGAACGGCACAACCAAUUAAGGAACAACCCCGGCGCCAGACGAUGGAGGCCAGUGAACAGAUAAACCAGCAAGUGCAGGACCUGUUAGACAGAGGCCUGAUUGAGCAUUCGGAGAGCCCAUGGGCAUCAAAUGUUGUCCUGGUCACAAAAAAGGACGGGACGAAGCGCUUUUGCGUGGAUUACAGGCGUUUGUAG